GAUUUCGUGUCAUCUUACACGUAUCUCUUCGUCACCAGGUCAUUCACUGCCAACUCGUCAUCUCUUCGCAUCUACUUAAACACCAUGGGCGUGGAAACUGAAGGCACGAUACGUAGGCCUAUCGUCAGGUUGCGGAAAGGGAAAACGGCAAAGACAUCAAACAUUCCGGAGCGCAAAGGCGAUGAGGAUGGGGCUAGUAUGAAUGAGGAAGGGUCACACCAUAGCGAUGGUGUCCUAAACGUUAAUAACAGUGAAUUGACUAUCAGCAGUCCUGUUGAUGAGCUUGAGGGGAGUUCUGAGGUUCGAUCAGGUUCUGAACUUGAAGCUCAAACAACAAAGGAGGGUAGUAAGAGUGGUGAGACAGAAGGACGAAGAUAGUAGCUUCGAGAUUGGAUACGAUAUUGGUCUUGCGUUGUACGAUUCCGAGUCAAGAUUCGGUAGAGAAACUCUAGACUGAGCUCUUGCUGUGAAUGGCAUACCGCAAGAUCUGUUAGAAGUCAUAAUCAUCUACAGAUGGAGUCUUUCGCGUAGUUCGUACACGACCUCUGUUAUGCAGAUACACAGCGUACAUCAUGGGUUGCUUCAACGAUAUAUCUUGAACUUGAACAAAACUUGAACGCAUUC